AAGGGGAGUUUCCCGGUGUUUAGCACCAAGGAAUUCUGAAGUUUGCUAAAAUGUCUAGUCUGUGGAAACAAGAAAUGGUUGGGGCAAAACUUUUUAACCACUGCCUUUUUUAAAGCCCAUUCAUGGAUGUGUGUCCCUAUCUCUCAGGUACCUGGGGUUCUUUGCCAGGAGGAGAGAAGAGGUUCCUGCCUCUGUUUUUGUGGCCUUAACAAACCAGGUGUUGUGCUCCAGUUCUCGUCUGAGAUCCCUGAAGAAGAACAUCUUCCCACCCUUCAACAAGACAGGACCUAUCUUUAAAAGGGAACAAAGAGAACUCUGAGACUUACUAGCUCGCCUCACUUCCAUAGCUGGAGAGAUACUGGAGUACAUUCUUAAACUAUCAGUUUGUCAGCAGCACCAACAGGAUAGUUUGGUUCUUAGGACUAGUGAGCAUGGAUUUGUCAAGAACAAAUCAUUCCAAACCAAUCCUCUUUCCUUCUUCGGCAGGGUUCCGGGCCUAGUGAAGCCAGCUGAUCGCCCAGUGUCAUCACCCUGCCUGCUGGCUGGGCAGGGUAACUCCUCAGGUCACCACCCUCCUCUCCAGCCUGUCUUGGGCUUGGAGAGUGAGGAGAAGGGCGAGGGAUGACAUUGAACAUCCUCCAUCCAUCGCUUCAUCACCAGAGCAAGAUGGCCAGGCUCCUGAGGAUGUUCAGGAAGAAGGCUCUGCAGGCGGCCCCAGAGCCUGUGGAAAGCAGCUGCCAUCUUCCCCAGGAGCCGAGCGGCCCAACCGUCCCCAAUGGCGGGGAAGGAGCUCGCGGCCGGGCCAGGAGGUGGAAGUGCCCAGCCUUCUGGAAGAGGAAACCUGCUCCCGGUGCAGGCGCCGAGGUGGGAGAGGCACCGUCAAGGCCAAAAUGGAGCUGGGCCAGGAUGCAGCUGGGCAAGCAGGACCCAGCCCUGGUGCAGAACCGGGCAGGGUGGUUCUGGGGCUUGUUGUGUGGGCAGCAGCAGCCCCAGGAGCCCAGCCCCGAUUUCCAGCAGGAGGCAUCGCCCUGCCCGGUCAGUGGGGACCUUCCAGCCUUCCCAGGGCAGGAGGUGGAGGAUCCCUCUCCCAGCCCCAGCAGCUCGGCCUGCUUCCUGUGGGACAACAGCAGCACCUGGAACUUGGACAGCAGCGAGGCCGACAGACGCUUCUGCUUUAUUCCAGUUUUCCCAGAAAAAUGAUCAAGGACAUUUCAAAUGAGAAAAACAAACGAAACCAG